AACUCGGGCACCUCGCGGGAGGAAGGCUGCUGAGCUCGGAGCCUCUCCUCCUGCCUGCCCCUAACCCCCCCAGCCACUCCUCCACGUCGGAGACCCGGAGACCCGGGACCUGCGGGAGCCGGGGAACCGGAGAAGUACGCGUCGGAGGCUGCUUUGCUGAAGGUGAAUCAUUCCGACCAAUUGCCUGUCCCCAGAGAGCAAAGGGAGGGCUGUAGAGAAGGCACGGAGGAUGUGUGAGUGUGCGUGAGAGGGAGAGACGGCGCGAGGCGAGAGGAAAAGUCUGUACUCGGCGUUAAAAGCAAACAAAUCAGAGAUGGAGUAAGGGCGGUAAUUGCUGCGAGACCGCCUUGAUUCUCCAAGUGGGGGGAGCUGAGCGCACCGCGCGCGUCCGGCGAGGACAGCGGGCGACCGUGGGCGCUGGCACAGGCUGUGGGACUUGGGCUUGUCCUCGGAAAACACAUCUUUCGAUUACUUUGACACUGUGGAAUAAAGAGGGGAGGAAAGAAGAGACGAGGCUCACACGCUCCACCUUCCGCCCUCUGUAAGGGGAUUCCAGUGUGAAUGUCAAGAGAUUCCUGAGCUCCCUUUGCCUUCGGAGGAGGAAAUACACGCGCGCGCACAAGCACGCUCCGGACCUGACUCGCCAGCCCCCCGCGAGCCCACACCACCCGACUCCGGUUCCCUAUGCCCCUGAACGGGGACGGCGGAUUGGCAUCUUGGAAGCGAUGCGAGAGCGAUAAGGCUGGCGCGGGCCCGCGGAAGCUGCAGGAGCGUCGCUAGGUGUUGCCGCCACCAGGAAGCCGGGCUGCAGGAUGAGUAAGAGAUACUUACAGAAAGCAACAAAAGGAAAACUGCUGAUAAUAAUAUUUAUUGUAACCUUGUGGGGGAAAGUUGUAUCCAGUUCAAACCAUCAUAAAGCUCACCAUGUUAAAACGGGCACUUGCGAGGUGGUGGCUCUCCACAGAUGCUGUAAUAAGAACAAGAUAGAAGAACGGUCGCAAACUGUCAAGUGCUCCUGCUUCCCCGGGCAGGUGGCAGGCACCACGCGAGCUGCCCCAUCCUGUGUGGAUGCUUCAAUAGUGGAACAGAAAUGGUGGUGCCACAUGCAGCCAUGUCUUGAGGGGGAGGAAUGUAAGGUUCUUCCAGAUCGGAAAGGAUGGAGCUGUUCCUCUGGGAAUAAAGUAAAAACAACUAGGGUAACCCAUUAACUAAGAAUAAAUCAAGUGACCCUCAAGGCUGAUUAAAUUGAACAUAUGCAUAGAAACUUAACUUCUGAGGUGAUCUUGAAGGAAGAUUUUUAUACUGCUCAGAAGAGGCACUGCAGACUCUUAUUUCCAAGGGAUUUCAUGGCUCGUAAUCAGCAUUUUCUUGAAACCAAGACUUUUGAAAAGUCAGACAUGAACUUCUGUGUCAUGAGGGGUUCAUCAGAUUUGCACCGUGUUCAGCUUGUAACAUUGCACUUGCUAAAAGAAUUGGAAGUUGCCAUCUGAAGAGCUGGUGUUUCCGGGUGAUGUCAGAGACACUUGUCUUUUGGGCUAUUGACUCCAAAUGUGACUGCUUUUCUUGUUUCUGAAAGUCUCCCAAGUGCACUGGCCUUCUGUCAUGGAUGUGUUCCUGGGCCUGGUCCUGUGUUCGGUGGCUAGUGGGACUGAACAUGGCUUUAGUGACAUUUCCUUUACAAACCUCUCCUCCGGCAUGGCGUGGACUGAGAUGAUUUUAUUUGUAUCCUAACCUUGGAGCUCUGAAAGCCUACCUGUUUUAACAUCUUAAAGUCGCUUUUGUUAAAGGAAUGGAAAAAUAUAUCCAGUGAUAAUAAUUAUUGUUGGCAAGUAAUAGUUACCUGAAUACAUCAAUCCCAUAAGAAUGUAUAGACUAGCUGACAUGUUCCCCCAAGGCUAACACACUACUGCAGCUCUCUGUCAGUUAAAUAGGUAGUAGUUAGAACUGAAUUACCAUUUUCAUUAUAUACUAUUUUGUACCUCUAGAGCACUCUCCCUUUCCGUUUUUUGUUUAAGUGGGCUUUUUCUCUUUCCUUUUUAUGUUUCCUUUUUUCCUUCACAGAAAUCAGCAGUGAGCAGUCAAGUACUUAGGGAGCCUUCCAUUUCAAAGAUUGCCAGGGAUGCAUGUGGGUUUCUGAUUUCUUAGCUUAGAAGUUAUUUACAAUACUUACAUUUCUUCUAUUUUUUUUAAGCUAUCCUUUCUAUCUCAUUUGAGAAGACUGUCUCUUGCUCAUUCCCAGUGACUGUUUAUUUGAAUGCUGUUCGUUCAAUCUGUUAAUAAAAUUGUUCAUUUUCCUCGGUCUAAAUGUUACAAAUAUUUGCUUACAGUUGACCCAUCUGAACAGUUUCUUAGUUCUGUUUUUGCCCACAUUUUUUUUUUUAGUCAUUUUAACAUUUGUGGUUUUCAGUUCUACUGGAAAAUUUUAUAAAUAUUUAAGGGCCUUAAACAUGUACGUACUUUUUUUCCUAAGUUAUUACAGAAUGCAUAAUUUUAUACUACAUUUAUUUUGUUUCAUUUAUGAUGUGAGGGGAGAGAAGAAUGGAAAUUGCAAAGCCGUUCUGUAAUAAUGUUGUGUAAACUUCAUUUGAAGGAAUGUAAACAGAGGGAUUUUCUGUGUUCUAUUCAGACUAAUGGGAAGAUACUUCAGAUAUCAUUUUAUUAGCGUUAUGUAAGAGAAGGUGUGGACAUCUUUUGUAUUUCUGAAACUCAUGACGUGGGCAAUUAGGUAUAUGUUGGCUUCCAUGAUGGAGGCUGAGACAGCCUGCAGACCAUUGGUCUGUUAGUUGGAAGCAACUUUCAAAGACUGAUACAUUACCUAGAAUCUUUCUGGGCAGAACCAUUAAAAGUGUUAACAUUUGCUAGAAAUUAAAUUUGUAAAGAACGCUUUUGACAUUGAACUAACGUAUAUUGCCCUACGAGUCAAUGAAAUGACUUUCUCCUUUCAUUUUAAUUAUACAUAAAACUAAUUAGACGGUCCACAUGGAUUUUGCAAUGGUUUGAUACUGUAUGAACUCAAAGACAGGAGUAACAGUUGUGCUGGAGUUUCUGCAUUAAUGAUAUCAUUAAUAUACUUGGAACGAAGGAAAAAACAUAUUUUGAAAAUUAUGAAUUUGUCCUAGGUUUGUUGGAAAUUAUAGAUCAUGCCUCUCAUUUAUUAAACUAUGUCCUUUCAAACAACACUGAAAAUUCUGUAUUAUAUAUAAGUGUAUAUCAUGCAUAUCAA